AUGUCCCGUUUAGCCAAUAUUGUAUCCAAACUUGCAAUUCCCGUUUCUGCUGCGAUUUUAGUUGCAGAUCUUUCUCUUUACGAUGUCAAAGGUGGUGAAAGGGCAGUUAUAUUCGACAGAUUCUCAGGUAUUAAACCUCAAGUGGUUGGCGAAGGCAUGAACUUUGUCAUUCCAUGGUUGCAGAGACCAAUUAUUUAUGAUGUCAAAACAAGACCAAGAACCAUCAACACCGUCACUGGUUCCAAGGAUCUACAACAGGUUUCCAUCACUUUGAGAGUUUUGCACAGACCCGAUGUUAUGAAACUACCAGCCAUUUACCAGAACUUGGGGCUUGAUUACGAUGACAGAGUGCUACCUUCCAUUGGUAACGAAAUCUUAAAGUCUAUUGUAGCGCAAUUCGAUGCAGCGGAAUUGAUUUAUAUGAGAGAGGUUAUCUCUAACAAAAUCAGAGAUGAGUUAGCUGCUAGAGCAGCCAAUUUCAACAUCAAGUUGGAAGAUGUCUCCAUCACCCAUAUGUCGUUUGGCCAGGAGUUCACAAAGGCUGUUGAAAGAAAGCAAGUUGCACAACAAGAGGCCGAAAGAGCUAAGUAUCUCGUUGACAAAGCAGACCAAGAACGUAAAGCUGCAAUUAUUAGGGCAGAGGGUGAAGCUGAGGCUGCAGAUCAUAUCUCCAAAGCCCUAGCAAAGGCCGGUGAUGGUUUGCUAUUGAUUAGAAGAAUCGAAGCAUCGAAGGACAUUGCUGCUACAUUAGCAAAUUCUCCUAAUGUCGCAUACUUACCAAAAGGUGGUUCAGGAGACGAAGGUGGUGCAUCAAGCCAAUCCCUCCUCCUUAACAUUGGUCGUUAA